AGUUUCACGUGUUGACACACUCCAGUCUCACUAAUCGCAGCUCACGCUGUCCCACUCAUUUUUUUAAAUUAUUUUGUUUCGGUAUCUCGGUCUCUCGCCGACGAGCUUUCUUUCCAACGCUGCGUUCCAACGAUUUCUCGUGAGUGCAGAGCUCUAAGGAAAAGGCCCAAUUAACAAAGUAAACCACUUGCAGACGCCAUCAACCGUCCCUCCGAAGAAAGGCUAUGAGCACCGCAGAAGGCUUCGCGUCGAAAUCGUCCCACCUCAUCGUCAUCUACAGCUCAAUCGCUGUGCUCUAUGUCUUGAUGGGAACGAACUUUUACUUGCAGUUGCGUUGCAAAUAUUGCGACACCUGUUCGACGCCUAGCCAUAUAGUGUCGCCCAGUGGUAGCAAUUUCGCGCCUGCCGAAAUGGGUCGGACAAUAAGGUCGAGCAGGAGCUUGGAGGAUCCCAAGAGGCCUAAGCUGUGGAAGAGAUCGGCUGACGGUUCGGGCCACACGAGGGUUUCUUCCAAGGCGGCCGUGCCCAACGUGGAGUUCUUUCCCAGGAACGACAUGACCGGUCCCGACGGGAACACGAUGCUGGUCAGCUCGUACGCCCGGAUUCCGGUGCCGGUCUUGGAAGAAUUCUGCUUCACCUCCAAGGAAUAUUGCGGGCCUGGAGAUCCUGGUCAUCCUGGAAAACCAGGGGUUCCAGGUUAUCCCGGCCAAAAGGGAGACAUGGGAUUCAGGGGCCUGCCUGGAAUACCCGGUUCUCCCGGACCCGAAGGACCAAUAGGCCCAAAAGGGCAGAAAGGAGACACUGGCGGCCCUGGGGAACCCGGAGCACCGGGUCUGGACGGCCGAGACGGACUGCCCGGUCCGCCAGGCCUGGACGGCAUCCCGGGACCACAGGGCCCCGACGGACCCCAAGGAAAGGACGGCGUGGACGGUACCAACGGACUCCCCGGAGUCAACGGCACCGAUGGAGUGAACGGUACAGACGGAAUACCAGGGCCUCAAGGACCACCGGGGAUGAAAGGACUGCCGGGCCUUCCUGGAUCUCGGGGGAAAAGAGGGCUUCCAGGCAUCCCCGGCACCCCAGGAAUUCCUGGAAUAAACGCUUGGACUGUUGAGAGCAAGAUUCCGACAGACACCGAACAACUACUUAUUCCACCGUCCAUUGUGGGCUCGGACACCGUGCAAACGUUUCACGUGGAAGAAGGAAAGAAUUUCCAGCUCACGUGCAGCGCCACCGGACAACCACGGCCAGUGGUCACAUGGAGAAGGACGGACGGGGCGGCUAUUUACGGAAACAGGUGGCACGAAUCCUACGUGGAAGACCGCGUGCUCAACCUCACCCGAAUCUCCCGAGAAGAGAUGGGAGGUUACGUGUGCAUAGCUUCCAACGGCAUCCCGCCCACCGCAAGAAUGGACGUCUCGCUCGAAGUCAGGUUCGCGCCCUUCAUUCGCAUCAAGCAAUGGGCCGUCGGCACGGAGAUCGGCGGCUGGGCGUUGCUCGAGUGCGUGGUGGAGGCUUUCCCACCGGCCGUGAACACCUGGAUGACCGGCACGGGGCGCCUCAUCGAGCACAGCCCCAAACACGAGAUCAAGGAAGUGGAGGAGGGCUACAAGGCGCUCAUGACACUCAACAUCAGCAACAUCGAGUCCGAGGACCUGGGAUACUACAGCUGCGUGAGCCGCAACUUGCGCGGUCAAGCCUCGGGGCAGCUGUCUGUGUACGAAAAGGAUCUAGCCACGGGCGAAGACGUGGAUGAUGGAGAGCGAAUCGCUGGUCAUUUACCUCCCACAAAGGAGACACUUAGCGAUUGCAAACGCUGCCCUGAGUGCCCCACCAGGAGGCAGAUGGCAUGUGGUCCCGGAUCUUUGACGGAUAUAAUCAACGUUCAGAAGGUCGACAGCUCCGUCAACAAAACUAAUUGGGUCAAGAGGGCACCCCGAAAUCAAGAAUGCCUUAUGACUCGGCGGACCAUUCAGCGCGUGGGAAAGCCCGUGCUGUACCGACAGUCGACGUCGCGGUGGACCAACUGGAUGCGAGACAGCGAGUCCUUGGGGCCCGACGUCUUCUACGUCGCCAACGGCGAAGACCGGACGGCCCUCCUCGAGUUUCCGUCCAAGGCGGCCUUCCGCAACGGCUCAGACCCUCGGAUCCUGAAGCUGCCGACGCCUGCGCACGGGAACGCGCAGGUCGUCUACAACGGCUCUUUCUACUACCACCAGAACGAUACGAACCAGAUUGUCCGCGUUGCCCUGAGCGGACCGGGUCGAGGUGGAGAUACCCUCAAGCUAACAGGUCGCCUUGGACUCGAAGAUGUGGCCUUCCGAAACGACAGUUACCUGUACACAAACCAGGCCGGAAAUUACGUCAAUAUUCUGGCCGACGAAAAUGGACUCUGGAUUAUAUACUCCAGCAGGAGGUCGAACAAUACCAUGGUGCUUAAGGUUGACGAGCAAAGUUUCCGGCCCGAGUUCAUCUGGAACCUGACCCUGGACCACCGCAAAGUGGGGAAGCUCUUCGUCGUAUGCGGCGUUCUCUAUGGCAUAAACAGCUUGACCGAGCACCGCACCGAGCUCGGCUUCGCGUACGAUCUCUACACGGAGUCGCUGCUCGAGGGGGUCAGACUCAACUUCAGCAACCCUUUCGGAAACACCACCUUCCUCAGCUACAACCCCGGUGACGGGUCACUUUAUAGCACGGACGACCAACAUCAGCUCCUCUAUCCGCUGCUUUUUAACACUACGGAUGCGACGGCGUCUGGCGGUGGAGACGUGACUACGUAACGCCACUUUGGUCUUGGUCUUUGGUUAUUUCGUGCCUUCAGAGCUUUCAGGGUCACCUGGCUUUCUGGUGUAACUUGAUAUUGCGCAGGUUCAGCUGACUAUUUAUCACAGUAGACCGAAUAAUGUCAUUCACUGUGACGUUGAUGAAAUAAAAUGUUACGAGUAA